AUGUCAAGUCUUCUUCGUGGGGCUAAUCGCCUUCGAUCCACAUAUGCUCGUCGUGGUGCUGCUGCUCCUUUAUUAGCUAAUGCUACUCGCGUAUCCACACACAAAGUGUCUCUUCCUAUUACUACCCGACUCACUACUGUACGCUGCUUAUCCACUACUCAACCUCGCUCCAUUUGGAUUCCUAAUCGCGAGUCUCUUGGUGAAGACGAUCCUCGUCUCUCUGAACAAUUCGAAGACGAGACUGACGUGGUCAUUGUGGGUGCUGGUCCUGCUGGUUUGUCAGCUGCCAUUCGUCUCAAGCAACUUGCCAAUGAAGCCGACAAGGAAUUGCGUGUCAUGGUGGUUGAAAAGGCUGGUGAAGUUGGUGCACAUACAUUGAGUGGUGCUGUUCUUGAGCCUCGUGCUUUGAAUGAGCUUAUUCCUGAUUGGCAAGAACGUGGUGCUCCUCUUAACACGCCUGUGACAAGUGACAAUAUGCGUUUCCUUACAUCGACCAUGGCUAUUCCUCUUCCCCAUCCUCCUCAAAUGAACAACAAGGGCAACUACAUUGUGUCUCUCAGCAACUUUGUAAAGUGGCUCGGUGAACAAGCUGAAGAAUUGGGUGUCGAGAUCUAUCCUGGCUUUGGUGGUAGCGAGGUGCGUUACAAUGAAGAUGGCAGUGUUGCUGGUAUCAACCUCAACGAUGUGGGUCUUGACAAGAACUUUGAACCCAAGGACAUGUACGAGCGUGGUAUGGCAGUCAAGGCCAAGGUGACUCUUUUCGCUGAAGGUUGCCAUGGCUCAUUGAGCAAGACCGUCAUCAACAAGUUUGAUUUGCGCAAGGAUAGCCAACAUCAAAAGUACGGCAUUGGUUUGAAGGAGGUCUGGGAAGUCGAUCCUGCCAAGCAUGAACCAGGCACUGUCAUUCACAGCAUUGGUUGGCCAACCGAUAUGAACACUUAUGCAGGCAGUUUCUUGUAUCAUUUCGAGCCUGAGAAGCAUUUGGUGGCCAUUGGUUAUGUCGUCGGCCUCGAUUAUGAGAAUCCUUACUUGAGCCCUUACAAGGAAUUCCAGCGCUUCAAGCACCAUCCUUCCGUUGCACCUCUUCUUGAAGGUGGCAAAUGUAUCUCAUACGGUGCCCGUGCUAUCAAUGAGGGUGGUUAUCAAUCUAUCCCCAAACUCGCUUUCCCUGGUGGUGCUUUGAUUGGCUGCUCAGCAGGCUUUUUGAACUUGCCAAAGAUCAAGGGUACUCACACUGCCAUGAAGUCCGGUAUGCUUGCUGCCGAAGCUGCUUAUGAAAAGAUCAUCGGCCAAGGUGAAGGUGAAGCUGAGACACAAGAACCUAUCAUGUUGGACAACUACGAGGACAGCUUCAAGAAGUCUUGGGUACACGACGAGUUGUAUGCUGUUCGCAAUUGUCAACCUUCCUUCCACACAUCUCUUGGCCUUCUCGGUGGUGUACUGUACUCUGGUUUAACUACCAUGAUUACCAAGGGCAAGGAACCAUGGACAUUCAAGCAUAAAAAGACCGAUUGGGAAUCCCUUAAGCCUGCUGCUGAGAGCAAGCCUAUUGAUUAUCCCAAGCCUGAUGGUGUUAUUUCCUUCGAUCUCUUGACCAAUGUCGCUCGCACUGGCACCAACCAUGCAGAAAAUCAACCUGUGCAUUUGCGUCUCCGAGAUAAGGAUGUGCCUGUGGAACGUAACCUUGCGGUGUUUGACGGACCUGAAAACCGAUUCUGCCCUGCUGGUGUGUAUGAAUACGUCGAAGAUGAAGCAAACCCUGGCCAAAAGCGCCUUCAAAUCAACUCCCAAAACUGCAUUCAUUGCAAGACGUGCGAUAUCAAGGAUCCUUCACAAAACAUUGACUGGACUGUGCCAGAAGGUGGAGGAGGUCCUCAGUACGUGUAUACCUAA